AUGCUCGCCGCCCGCACAAUCCGCAUCUCGUCGCUCGUCCUCCCCCGUGCUGUCGCUUCUUCCCCACGACCCGCCGUCGCCUUGUUCUCGACGCAAUCUGCACGUCUCCAGCCUCACCCACAAGCAACCUACUCAGACAAAGGCGCCAUGACCGGACACCUCGACACCUACAGCGAAGUCAUUGUCGACCACAACAAUGUCAAGCAGCUCUUCCACAUGUACAAGAAGGCGACGAGCAAGGAGGAGAAGGGCACCCUCGUCAACACCAUCAUCCGCGAGAUUGCCGUCCACUCCGAGGCUGAGGAGGUCAGCGUCUACAACGACCUCGAGUCGCGCGGCCUCGCUGGCGAGAGCAAGGAGUUGAGGGACGAGCACGAGCAGCUCGAGAAGGUUCUCUACAGCGUCGACUGGACCAAGGUCGACUCGAGCGAGUUCGAGCCGAAGUUCGAGCACGCGAUCCAGCUCUUCAUCAAGCACUCGGACCGCGAGGAGGAGGACAUCCUCAAGAGGCUCAAGGAGAAACUCACGCCCGAGGAGAACGACAAGCUGGCGCAGGACUUCCUUACGAAGCGCAAGGCCGUUCCCGAGCGCCCUCACCCCAUCGCGCCUCAGUCUGGCGGUAUCAUCCAGAAGGUCGCCGGCGCCCUCACCAAGCCGCACGACAAGAUUCUCGAGACCCUUCGCGGACAGCACUUCCUCUCGGACGACCAGCUCGCGUACAAGCACGGCCAGUCGACCAACGUCCAGCCCAUCAAGAUCGACACCUCCUUGCUCACGCAUGCGUAG